AUGGGAGUCUGUUGCCAAAAGGAAUAUUCUUCUUCAAAACGGCUUAUUUCCCCAACCUCAUACUCCAAAACCACAAUAUUAAAAUCCUCAUACCCUGACAGUAUCUCCAAGUAUUACACUUUUAUCCGUACAAUAGGCUAUGGGGCUUUUGGGACCGUCAGAGAAGCCACCCGCAUUAAUUCAUACGAAGUCCCUAUCCACGAAACUACUGAAAAGCACUACGCAAUAAAAUCAAUCAACAAAAACAAAGUAAAAAAUUAUUUAAAAUCUCUACAGAACGAAAUCAGCAUUCUUCAUAUAUUAGAUCACCCAAAUAUAGCCAGGCUCUAUGAAAUUUAUGAGGACGAAAUGUAUAUUCAUUUGGUUUCUGAGUAUUGUGACGGAGGUGAUUUAUUAGAAAAUUGAUCUGCACAUAGGAUUUCUUCUGAAGCAGAAAUUGCGAGAACUAUCCAGAGGGUUUUAUUAGCCAUAAAUCAUCUGCAUAGCAUGCAUAUAUGCCAUAGAGACAUAAAGCCUGAAAAUAUUUUAUUUUUAAAUAAUCAGCCAAAUUCUGAAAUCAAAGUUAUUGAUUUUGGGUUCGCGAAUAAAUUUUUGGGAACAGAAAUGGACUCUUUUGUAGGGUCUCCAAGAUAUUUAGCUCCAGAAGUAAUUAAAGGAAGCUAUGGAAAGCAAUGUGAUAUUUGGUCUGUAGGAGUUAUGAUGUAUUUUUUAUUAGUAGGAAAAUUCCCAUUUUCUGGGAAUUCGAUGCAUGACCAAUUUAAGAAAAUUUUAAAAGGAGAUUUUUGUAUUAAUAAUCCUGGAUGAACUUCAAUGUCUGCAGAAGCACAAGAUUUGAUAUAUAAAAUGCUAGUAUUAGACCCUGAUAACCGUAUUACUGCAGCACAAGCACUGAAUCAUAGCUGGUUUAAAUCAGUUAAUGAAAAAAUAUAUCCAAUUGAUCAACAAAUUUUUCAGUCAAUUAAAAAAAAUAUAUACCGAGUCACUGUGUGUUCAAAAUGCAGCCUUUAGAAGCCAUCUAUCUAAAUAUGGUGUAAAUAAAUAGAAAAUUCAUAUAUAAACUGUAUAAAGAUAAAGGAAAAUUAUGAAAUAUUGCUAUGAAAGUUUUAGUAAGAAAUCUUUCUCAAGAACAAAUAGAAGACCUAAAGACUGCAUUUCAUGAAAUUGAUAGAGAAAAAACUGGAUUUGUGAGGGCCGAAGAUAUACAAGCUUGCAUGGAAAAGAAUGGAUAUCAAAUGGCUAAAGAAGAAUUCAAUAAUUUACUCCAAAAAAUUGAAUAUAUUUUUUUAUAAAAAAUAAGCCAAUAAAUUAUUUGUCUUAUUAAUUCUUGUAUUUAAUAUAUAUAAAUAUAUAUAGGAAAAGGCAAAUUAAAUUAUACUCAAUUUCUCAUAGCAGCCCUAGACAGAAAAAAAAUUAUUGACGAAGAAAACACAUGGAUGACUUUCAGGUAUUUUGAUAUUAACGCUGAUGGGAAAAUCUGUUUAAAUGAUCUGAAAAGUGCUAUAGAAAAAGCAGGGUGCUAUAUAUCAGAAACUGAAUAUCGAGAAUUACUGCAAGAAUUUGAGCUGAAAUUUGAUGAGGAUAUUAGUUAUGAAGAUUUUGCUGAUAUUAUGAACUGUAAAGAUUAUUUAGGUUUUACUGAUGUUUCAAGCUCUUAUUGUACAGAGAUUGAUGAUAAUAGCUUAAAAGUCCCAGUAAGAAAGUUAAGCACAAAGCGCUUGACGAAUAGAAGAUGCUCAGUUGUAGAAGCAAUGAAAAGGGCAAGGAGAAGUACAAUGGAUCCACAAUUAUCGUCAACUCAAAUUAUUUAA